AAACUUCAUCCUGAAGACACACUGUGGUGCUUAUAAUCUUAUCCUCAUGGCCAAACCUCAAACCAACAACAUCAUCAUAUCAAAAAGUCAAAAACUGGGUCAUAGCUCACAUAGCUCACCAACAGAAGCCAUGAACUAACAUAGCAAUUAGUAGCUAAAUGUAGUGCAUUCAAUGUCAUUCAUUUUCCUAGACAAACAAGUAGGCAUCAGAUCCAAAAUCCCCCUUUCAUCCUCCCUUCUUCUCUCUCUCUCUCUCUCUCUCUGCAAUAAUAAACGCCAGAAAAGAGCGAAGAGUCCCUCCAACCUUCAAAUCUACUGCUGAUGGUUCAUUCCCUGCCCUUCUUCCGCUCUUGCUUUUCCACCUCCAAAAGCCCCCCUUAAUUGUUUCUUUCCAUAUCCCCUUCCACUCACCAUUCUCUUUCUCCUCCUAAAGCCAAAGGCAAAGGCAAAGCCAGCCCGGGAAAGGGAAGAAGAAAAUAAAUAACAAGCAAAGUUAUGAUUCUCACGUCCCACCACUCCAAAUCCUUCCUUGAAUCCAACUCCAUCCCAGAAAACUCCUCAGCUCCCAUAGUCCAUCUCUUUCUCCCAGCUGGAGGAGGAGUACCAGUGCACAUAUCCUAAAAAUCCAAUCCUUUUCCAGCCAUUGUUCUAAAAUCCCAAUCUUUAGUCAGCCGUCGUUCUAAAAAUCUGAUCUUUGUUUCUGGUUUUCCUUUUUCUUAAUUCGGUAAACGUUGUUUGGCCCACCCCAACAUCCUCCACUUCUGUUUCCCAUAAUACCGAGCCAUGGCUGAGGUACUCCAGCCCCCUUCGCAUUUCCCUUCGUCUCCAAGACGCACCCUUUCUUGCGACCCGAAUGAUGCCUCCAAUGGGCUUUUAAGCCCUUCCAAUAGCGGCGGAGAGGGUGCAGAGAAGGAGGAGGAGGAGGAGAGGCAUAGUAGUGCCGGUGGUGCGAUAGAGAGGAAGAGGGGAAGGAAUAGGAGGGGAGGAGGAGGAGGAGGAGGAGGAGGAGCGGAGGUCGGGAUCGAAGGGGAGGACGAACGACAGCAACUGUCUGUGUUGGCAUUGCUGCUAACAGUGCUCCGGAAGUCACUGCUGAGGUGCAAAACGGAGGGCGCCGGCGACGAGGAUUUCGGCUCGAUGGACAUCGGGUGCCCCACCGACGUGCGGCACGUCACCCACGUCACCUUCGACCGCUUCCAUGGCUUCCUCGGGCUGCCCGUCGAGUUCGAGCCGGAGGUUCCCCGCAGAGCCCCCAGCGCAAGUGCGACCGUCUUCGGUGUCUCUACUGAAUCUAUGCAAUGUUCAUAUGAUUGUAGAGGCAAUAGUGUUCCAACCAUACUUUUGUUGAUGCAAAGACGGCUGUAUGAGCAAGGAGGUCUUCGGGCAGAAGGAAUUUUCAGAAUCAAUGCCGAGAACAGCCAAGAAGAACAUCUCAGAGAGCAGCUAAACGACGGAGUAGUGCCAGAGGGUAUCGAUGUGCACUGUUUGGCAGGUUCAAUAAAGGCUUGGUUUAGGGAACUUCCGACGGGGGUGCUCGACUGGCUUUCAUCCGAGCAAGUGAUGCAAUGCCAAACGGAAGAAGACUGUGGGAGGCUUGUCAGGUUGCUGCCGCCGACAGAGGCUGCUCUUUUGGAUUGGGCCAUCAAUUUGAUGGCUGAUGUCGUCCAAGAAGAAGAACAAAACAAGAUGAAUGCACGCAACGUUGCCACGGUGUUUGCCCCCAACAUGACUCAGAUGGCAGAUCCUUUGACUGCGUUGAUGCAUGCGGUCCAAGUGAUGAAUUUUCUGAGGAUGCUGAUCUUGAGGACGCUGAAAGAUAGACGACGAGAAUCUGCUGUAGUGGAUGCCGCUGUCUGUGGCGCAGAUCCUUCCGAUGACGAUGGUCAUCAGAGCCCUCAGAUGCAUCACGCUGCUUGUAGCGAAGAAGCAACCGAACGAGCACACGUUGCCGAGGAGGCUGUCUUGGAUAGUCUCCCUCGAAUUGCUACAGAAGAAGAAGAAGAGGCAGCUCGGAGUUCGCAUGACGAUGCGGCCUUCUUCUCUGAGAACGCAGCUGGUUCAUCUACCGGCCACGAAUUCGUCGCUAGUGCUCCUAAGUCAGUUCAUACGAAGACAGGCAAGUCGAACAGCCAAAAUCACAAGAAAGGAAGAAAGACGAAGAGAGAGUCUACCGAUCGAGCUUCCUUACCAGCUGAUAAGUUGAACGGGAUCAGCAACGUGAGUCGAAUAAAUUCAAAGAUCGAGCGUGUGGAAGCAUGGAGGUGAAGCUGCUCUCUCUCUCUCUCUCUCUCUUCUUGCCCCUCUUAAUUUGCAUGUGAUUGAUCGUAGGUCUCGGUAUGUGUAUUUGCUAUGGAUGUUUGUGUACCUAUUCGGAAUAUAACUUCCUGUUCUAAACGUUGCUGGGUUUGCGAGCGAGCGAUGUGCAUUAGACGAGUGCACGAUCCUUCUGCGUCUCGUUGCGAUGUACAGCUGCAUGUUCAUGGAUUUAUACCUGCACGAUCGAAGC